UUGUAUCACAAAGGUAGAGAGGCUAAGGCAAGAAUCAGCCAACAACUAACGAGCUAUCGAAGUUGGAGAGGUAGAGUGUUGAAUGUGCAAAUAGUUGUUCGGGGUCUACUUGCACACAUACAAGGGAUCAAAAUGGCUUGGUUGAGAUUGGCAAUUUGGGUAUGUAUGAUGUUAUUUUACCCUUCCCUUUUAGGGGCUACUUCUCCCAAGAACAUAUUCAUUCUCGCUGGACAGAGCAAUAUGGCCGGUCGAGGUGGGGUUGAGAAAGAUCACAUGGGACAACUUGUGUGGGAUGGGUAUAUUCCACCCGAGGCUUAUUCUGACCCAACAAUCUUACGAUUUAGCCCUGAAGGUCAAUGGGAGAUAGCACUAGAACCUGUCCAUGACGGGAUCGAUAUCAACAAGACAGUUGGGGUUGGUUCAGCAAUAGUAUUUGCUCGCCAACUACAAGCGAAAUCUAAGUCCGAGGCGGGCGUUGUGGGUUUAGUGCCUUGUGCUAGAGGUGGCACUUUGAUUGAAGAGUGGAUUAAAAAUCCUAGUAAUCCUGAAGCAACCUUCUACCAAAAUUUCAUUGAACGAAUCAAAGCAUCAGAAAAAGAUGGUGGGGUUGUGCGUGCUCUUAUCUGGUUGCAAGGUGAAAGUGAUGCAGCUGCAAGUGACACUGCUCAUAGAUAUAAAGACAACCUAAAGAAAUUCUUUAUGGACAUCCGCAAUGACAUAAAACCUAGAUUUUUACCGAUCAUUCUUGUCAAAAUAGCCGUCUAUGACACAUAUAUGAAGCAUGAUACUCAUGACUUACCAGCGGUGAGAGCGGCAGAAGAUGCAGUCCAAAAGGAACUACCAGACAUAGUGACCAUUGACUCCUUAAAUUUGGUUAACACGGUCACACAUGAAGGGUUUAACCAAGAUCAUGGUCAUUUUAAUACCAAGACUCAGAUUGCUUUAGGUAAAUGGUUGGCAGAUACCUAUCUUUCCCACUAUGGUCAUUUACUGUGAUCUUAUUAUUUGUCUCUACUGAAUUGACUUACUAUAUUACCUCAAUUUAUAAAAUU